UAAAAAUAAAAAAAUGCAGAUUUCCUCCUCUGCUUCUCGGACAAAAAUCCUCCGAUCCCUCCUUCCUUCCAACCUCGCCAUCCUCCGAACGCUCGCCGCUGCUGCUCACGGCGGCACCUCCACCUCCACUUACCGUGCCCACCACCACCACCCCACCAGCUCCUCUGCCUUCGGCGCCGAUGACCUCUCCUCCGACGUCGAGAAGCUCUACCGGAUCCUCCGCAAGUUCCAUUCCCGACCACCCAAGCUCGCCCUCGCCCUCGGCGACUCCGGCGUCCCCCUCCGCCCGGGCCUCGUCGAGCGCGUCAUCGCCCGCUGCGGCGACGCCGGGACGCUCGCCUUCCGGUUUUUCUCAUGGGCCUCCCGCUGCCCCGACUACUUUCCCUCCCCCACUGCCCACCGCGCUAUGGUUAAAUCCCUCGCUAAAAUGCGCCAUUUCGGCGCCGCCUGGGCCCUUGUCGACGAGAUGCGCCGCGAGGCUCCCGACCUCGUGACCCCCGAUAUCUUCGUCGCCUUUAUCCGCCGCUUCGCUGCCGCCCGGCUCGUCUCCAAAGCUAUCGAGGUGCUCGACGAAAUGCCCAAGUACGGUUGUGAGCCCGACGACUAUGUCUUCGGGUGCUUAUUGGACGCCCUCUGUAAGAAUGGCAGCGUGAAGGAGGCAGCUUUGCUGUUCGAAGACUUAAAGGAGAGAUUUUCCCCCAAUCUGAAGCACUUCACAUCGCUCCUUUACGGCUGGUGCAAGCUUGGGAAGCUCAUCGAGGCCAAAUUUGUAUUGGUUCAGAUGCGUCAGGCUGGCUUUGAGCCUGAUAACGUGGUGUACAACACUUUGCUCGGUGGGUUCGCAGCAGCCGGGAAGAUCGAGGAUGGAUAUGAGCUCCUGAGAGAGAUGAGGAGGCAGGGGUGUGAGCCGAAUGCCAUUUCGUACACUACUCUGAUCCAGGCUUUCUGCUCGAGGGACCGGAUGGAUGAGGCGAUGAGAGUGUUUGUUGAAAUGACAAGGAAUGGUUGUGCCGCUGAUGCCGUGACUUUUAACACUCUGAUCAGUGGUUUCUGUAAGUCGGGAAAGAUCAGUAGGGGGUAUGAAUUCAUCGAUGCGAUGGUUCAGCAGGGCUGUAAGCCAGACCCAAGCACCUAUUUCUCCAUCUUCGCAGCACAUGAGAAGAAGGAAGAGUUGGAGGAGUGUUUGGAGCUCAUGGAAAGUAUGUCAAAAGGUGGCAUCCUUCCUGAUCUUGGUAUCUAUAAUACAGUGAUUCGCUUGGCGUGCAAGCUCGGGGAGCUGAGUCAAGCAAUCACUAUUUGGAAUGAGAUGGAAUCUAGCAGGCUGAGUCCAGGGCUUGAUACAUUUGUUAUUAUGGUGCAUGGGUUUAUCAAGCAAGGAUCAUUGAUCGAGGCCUGCGGGUACUUCAAGGAGAUGGUGGGAAGAGGGCUUUUCGCCACACCUCAGUAUGGUAUUCUUAAGGACCUGCUGAAUGCACUGCUGAGAGCCGAGAAGCUCGAAAUGGCCAAAGAAGUGUGGGGAUGCAUUGUGAGCAAAGGCUGUGAGCUCAAUGUGUAUGCUUGGACUAUUUGGAUCCAUGCGCUGUACUCUAAUAAACAUGUUAAGGAGGCUUGCUCAUACUUUUUGGAUAUGCUGGAUGCUGGUCUCAUGCCACAGCCAGACACAUUUGCAAAGCUACUGAAGGGCUUAAAGAAGCUUUAUAAUAGGCACAUCGCAGCGGAGAUAACGGAGAAGGUGAGGAAGAUGGCAGAGGAGAGGCAUGUCACCUUCAAGAUGUACAAGAGGCGCGGCGUGAGAUUGCUGGAAGAGAAAGUGAAAGCUAAGGCCAAGAGGAACAAGAGGAAGGGAAGGGAAUUACAUAACCAUAAGUGUGGCAUCUCUCCUUCUUCUUCUUCUUCUUCUUCCGAUCCUCUUUCUUCUUCGUGCCUUCGGGACCUCGUCCGCUCCUCCCCACCGAUCCCUCGCCUCUGCUCUCCCUUCUCCUCCCGGCGGAGGCGGCGAGGGGAGGGAGAGGAGGGCCGGGCGAAAGAGGAGGACGAUGUGUUGGGCGGCGUGUUCGUGUUCGGGAGGGACCCCACGCGGCCGCCGAGGCUGUUCGUGGUCCAGCCCCGCCUCCGCCCGGACUCCGUCCUCCAGUGGAAGCUCUCGGAGGCUCUCAACCUCGCCAACUCCCUCGAGGAGCCGCGGGAUGGGUUCUACGCGGAGGAUUUCGAGUCCAAGGAACUGCCGCCGCAUCUCGUCGUGCAGAACCCGGCUCGGCGCGCCCCGAGGGUAAGGAAUGAAAUAGAUGCAAUUUUUGUUAAUGCAAUUCUUUCUGGGAUUCAGCAGCGAAAUUUGGAGUUUGCUUGGAAAAAGCCGGUUUUAGAUCGUGUUGGCCUUAUAAUACAGAUAUUCAAUGCUCAUGCUGAAACAAAGGAAGCAAAACUACAGUCUGAGUUAGCAGCUCUCAUGUACAUGAAGACAAGGCUUGUACGUGUUAGAGGUCCUGGCGGACGGCUUGUUUUCGGAGCAAGUGGAGAAGCCGAAGUUGUUAGUGCCCGAGGGAGAGGAAGUGGGGGACGUGGUUUCAUAAGUGGUGCUGGAGAAACUGAACUUCACCUUCAACGUCGGAGAAUUCAAGAAAAACAAAAUCAUCUACUAUCUCAAAUUGAAGAGGUUCGACGAACUCGAGCUUUGCAACGUUCUGCUCGGAAAAGGCAUGGGAGUUCAUAUGGUCGGGGCCUAGAAACUGUUGCUGUUGUUGGAUAUACAAAUGCUGGUAAAUCCACCUUAGUCGGUGCUCUUUCGGAAAGUGAUCUGUACAGUGAUGAUCGAUUAUUUGCGACAGUGGAUCCUCGAUUAAGAAGUGUAAUACUUCCAUCAGGGAAGAAGGCACUUCUUAGUGACACUGUAGGCUUUAUCUCAGAUUUGCCUGUACAGUUGGUUGAAGCCUUUCAUGCAACUCUGGAAGAAGUGGUCGAGGCAGACUUGUUAGUGCACGUUUUAGACUCCAGUGCACCUGAUCUUGAUGAGCAGCGCUUAACCGUACUGCAAGUACUGCAACAGAUUGGAGUGUCAGAGGAAAAGAUUCAGAAUAUGAUUGAAGUUUGGAACAAAAUUGAUCUUGUGGACAAGAACAUUGGAGCUGGUGAAUUUCUAGGCCAAGAUGAUUGUCUAGGGGAAGGUGAAGAGCAAGAAGAUGGGGAAUUUUCAGAAGCAGAGAAUGAUAUGGCAUCUGAGUUGCCAUCUGGUGAGCCUAUAAAUGAGGAUGACAUGGUCUCUGAGUUGUCACAGGAAGAGAAUCAGGAAAAUGUUGAUGAUAUGACACCUGAGUUAUCUGAUGAGCCCAUAGACGAAGAUGACAUGGCUUCUGAGCUGUCAGCAGAAGAGGGUCUGCAAGAUCUUGAUGAACAAGAGGCCGAGUCGCCAGUAGACUGGAAAAUGACAGGUCCUGCAAUACGUAAUGAAUCCAAGAAUCCCAACUGUGUGCAAACUUCUGCGGUGAUGGGAAUUGGCUUGCAAGAGUUACUGAACCUCAUUGAUGAGAAGUUGAAUACACAGAAACCAUCUCCACAAGAGAAAAUUGGACCUUAUGAUAGGAAAUGGAGACCUUACGCUGCGGAUGGUGAGAAAGCAGCUGAACAAUAGCUGUAUCAAAGAUCUUAUGAAAACUUCCACAGACUCGUUGCAACUUGGUGUCACAAAGCCUAUAGCCUGGAUUUUUCUCCGAUCCAAAGUUGAGUCCUCUUUAAUCUUCUUGAUUAGCGGACCAGUGCCAAAAUGAUCAUGGUGCGUAUAUCAGGGGAUUACUUUUCUCAAGAAGCUGUUUAGUUGACUUUCUUGACAAUAACUUGCUAACAAGGAAAUGGAGCACCAGUACUGUUCAGUUCUUAUGGAAGGACUUCAUACUCAUUCUUGUGAGUAACAAGAUAUUGUACGCCAUCCUGACUAUGCUGAGUAUCAGCGCUAGCCUGCUAGGUUUUCGAAGUUGGCAGUCAUUAGAGUAUGUUGUUGCAGUAAUAAUCUGGUUUUUCCCCCAGUACACUAAGAAAAAUUUGUCUGUCCACACAUAGUAUAUAUAUAUAUAGCUGUUUUAUGUGGAUCCUGAAAUGUUAUGUGGCUCUUUUAUUUUGAAGUGCAAGUUUUCGGCAAGAAAGACUGCUAGCUCUGCCCAUUUCUUUUG